AUUAUUGAUACAUAGAUAUAGAUUUAAACCAAAUUAAAUAAAAAUUAACUUAUUCAAUCGAUCCUAUUUAUUAUUUGUAUUAAUUUUUACCUAAAUCAUGAACACUCGUAUCAGAUGGAGGGGAUCAAGUAAUAUAGGACGGGGAGAGUAGCUCCCACACAAAAGUCUCAACAAGUCAAAAGGUACAAUACCUCAAAGCACUCACUUGAGGCUAUAAAAUAACCAAAGAUAUUUUUCCUCUCACAACACCUCUUUCGCUAUACUCCCUUUCUACAUACAAAUUUGAGCAGUGGCUUAAACCCUAGCCGCUCCUCCUUAAACCCUGUAACUUCUUUUUCUCAGAUUUGUGAAUUUGUCUGCACAAAUGGCUUACUACAACAAACUCGGUGGUCUGUUGAGGCAGGGCAUUUCCACAGGAAAUGCAGUAAGUGCAAAUUCGCCAACUCCAGCAAUGCUCGAUGCCAUCCGGUGCAUGUCGUCAAAGCUUUUUGUUGGUGGUCUUUCAUGGGGAACAAAUGACCAGUCGCUAAAAGAUGCCUUUGCUAGCUUCGGUGAGGUUGUUGAUGCAAAAGUAAUCACUGACCGAGAUACUGGCAGAUCAAGGGGAUUUGGGUUUGUGAACUUCUCGGAUGAAGAAUGUGCGAAAGAGGCCAUGAACGCAAUGGACGGUCAGCAACUCGAGGGAAGGAAUAUCCGUGUUAGUAUAGCCCAAGAGCGAGCUCCUCGAAGUGGUGGUUUUGGUGGUCCUGGCAGAUUUGGUGGUGGCUACGGUGGUCAAGCUAACGAGGGCUACUAAGUCACGUUUAUCGCUGUCAACGGGUGCAUGACAACAAUAUUUAUCCUAGUAAAGGACCUGCUGUGAUGAUAGCUUUGUUGAAUUUAUUUUGAAACAUCUUUCUUUUGAGCAAGGUUUUUAGUAUUAAUAAUUUUUCCAGAUUUUGUCACUAGUCUCUUGCCUCCUAGUUGCUCCACCUUUUAUACAGUAAUUUCAUCUCAAAUGCUGUGAAAUUGAUUGUUAUAUACAAGUUUUGAACGGCGAUUGAUGCA